UAGAUGUUUGAUCCGCUCGCGUACUCGCAUACAUAACAUCUAACAACAUCCCAUGGAGGGUCACGUCAGAGGUCAAAUUCAAUUGAUCAAUGAAAUCACAUCUGGCAAACUCUUUAAAUGCUCGUCGAAGGGAAUAAGUCUAGAGUGGUUCCGAAUGUAAAAAAAGAAAAACGUGAUCCGAACCAAGACAAUGGCGGUGCGCAUUACGCCUGUCAAAUGCUAUUCGCUUGGAAACAUUUUUGUUGUGUGCGGGUUUUCGUUUGUUACAAAGUUUGUAGAUGAAUUAGGCAGCAUAAAAGUUCAAAAGUGUUUGGAUAAAAAAUUAAGAUUAACACGUGAAAGAUUGGAAACGUUACUGAACGGGUGUGAUGUGAAGAAAGAGACUUGUUUUCCUGGUGACGCGGGUGUAUGUCAGAAAUGUUUUCGGGCCAUGGACAGGGUGCGCAAAUUGGAAAAAGAGGCGAUGGAGGCAAGGGAGAGAUUUACAAGUAACAUACGAUCAACCAUGUCAAGAUAUAGUGUUACUGUGCCCUCACCAUCAAAAACAGUCAUUAAGAAAAGAGAAAUUAGAAGUCCAGGAGUUUUGGGAAUUGGGAAACGCUCGAAAGCCUCAGAGGAGACAGAGACAUCUACUAUGUUAGUACCGAUUCGAAGAGUGACACCUCAAAAACUAAAUCCUCUUGCCCCCUUUAUCGUAGGCAGCAUCACAGGAUCAUAACCACCCCUGUUGCUUGGAGAAGAA